UCUGUGAAAGUUGCAAUCGCCGGUCGAGGUCCGAACAUAAUGUGCGCGUUGUCAGUCGACAUACGGGCGGUCUAGAGAAUUGGUAGCGCCUAAACACUACGUGACUAUCGUUUACAUAUGUGAAUUUUCUUACAAAAUGCUGUCACGUUGUCUUCUCUUUGUGUUUAUUGCGGGUGCACUGUCGGCGCCAGUGGACGAACCGAUACGAGUCGAUCUACCAGUGUACGAAGCGUCGCAACAAUCAGGUGCCCACCUAAGCGAACCGUUCGUGCCAGAGAAUCAUCCCGAAUUUAGAAUUAAUAAAGAAUCAAUCGUCGACAAUUUUCUCUCGAACAAAAACACCGCUACAUUAACACAAAGCAAUCCUCCGAUCGGAUCUGUGAAUUAUGGAGGUGGUUUGUUGUCGGCACCAGUGACUACACUAGAGGGCGCAUUGCUCGAAACCGAAGGUUUUGGAAGCAAGACCCUCUCGGUCAAUGAAAAUGUACAAAAUCUUGCUGCAGGAAUCUUCCAGCCAAAACCAAUAGUAGAUACAAUAAAAGAAGAGGAAAAGUAUGGCAAUAAUGGCGAUAAAUUUUAUAGUGCAGGAAGGGCCAUCGUCAACGGCGCAGAAAAUGUUUCAAAUUUCGUCAAUACAGUUCUUGAGGUGCCAGUCAAAGUUUUUAGAAACCUCACUAGGAAAGCCACGGAAAAAUUGAAUCAUUUAGGAGGAAGACUCGUUGGUUUAUAAUUUAAGACUAUAGAACCGAAUGUCAAGUUAUUUAUAAGAACAUUAAGUACAAACCAUUAAAGAUUCAGAAAAUGUACAGUGGUAUAUUUUCAUAGUAUAGUCAAAUAAGGAUAUCUCAGUCGAUGACAGUGGCGCUGCUGUCGUGAUCAGUGUUGUUAGAAAAUAUGUAAAAGAUAUUAUAACAUGACGGCUACUGCACCAAAAGGAUCAUUAUUCUUUUUGACAUUGUCAGAGUGGCGCUAGUGAGCUGUCAUAAUUUUGACAUUACCAUUGGGUCCGAUCUUGUCAGUCUCUAACACUGAUCUGUAUAAAUGGAUAGAUGUUAUUUAGAAAUGAUAGCUUUUGCUUCUUUAUAUCGACUAUCGACAGAAUAGCACCUAAAGUUUGAGUUAGACAACUCUUAUCGCAAUCAUCAGCGCCAAAAUAAUCAAAUACUGCAGUUUAUAGCCUAUCCACUUAUAGAGGUCAGCUAAGGUCUUUGUGUUAAGGGAUCUUUUGACGCAUACCACUGACAUAUUAUAAAUAUGUAGGGUUUUCAGCGAAGUCGAGCGCAGAUCAUUUUUUUUAUUGAUCUGAACAAUAGAAUCUAAUGGAUGAAGACAUCAACAUAAUUCGGUCUUAAGUGAUUAUAAAAUU